GUUCAGCAGUCACGCCUCCCUAUCGACUUCGCGCUGGCCCUACGCUCACACUGCGAUCAUGGCUGGUGGUCACUCGGCGCAGAAUGACGCUGCUCGGAUAAGCUCAGAAACCCCGUCGAGUACCAAGAAAUCCCACAAGAGAAAGAGAGACAUCGAUGGCUCCGCCGUCGCUCAGUCGACACCUACCCCGACCAAAAAAUCCAAGAAGAAUCAGAGUUCUCCGUCCAAAUCUACCCCGUCCGAUGAAACCCGGAAGAAGAGAAAGCAGACUGGAUCUUCGAGCGACAGUGAUAAUCAAGAGAUAUCGACCCAAAAAGAGAGUGCUGUCUCGCAGGUCGGCAGCAAAAAGACUACUCCAAGCACGGAUGACAGCCUCACUAAGAAGAAGAAGAAAUCCAAGGAUGGGAAACGACGAACCGCAUCGGUUGGUGACACAACUGGAGAUGAUGUCGAUAUGAAGGACGCGGCCUAUGACGCGGACGACACCGAAGACGUCAAGGAGAAGGGGGUCAAAGGCUCGAAGAAAAGCAGGAAAAGCCCGGAGCCCGCAUCAUCAGAUGACGACACAAAACCCGUGAAGAAUAAGUUUGCCGGUAUUCUGUCCAAGUUCGAAAAGUCGAAAAAGUCGCGGGAGCUGGAAAAGGCACGAGAAAGCGAGAAGGAUACAGAGGCCACGGAGCCAACGACAGCAGAGCCAGUUAUAGCGCAGGGUCUGGAGCCGCUACCACAACCAGAAGCCGCUCCGGAGCUGGAAGAAUUGCCAACCUACUCCUCGCUUCCGCCGUGGCUGGCUAAUCCUCUGCGUGCAUCGGCUCAGGACCGAAGCAAAUUCGCUGAUUUGGGAAUCGACUCUAAGCUCCUUCAAGUUCUGGAGAGCAAUGGCUACAAGGAAGCAUUCGCUGUGCAGUCGACGGUUAUUCCGCUGCUCUUAAAAGGUCCCAAGAACCAUCCGGGAGACCUCUGCAUUUCCGCCGCCACAGGUUCAGGAAAGACGUUGUCCUACGUCCUACCGCUGGUUACAGCGCUGGAGUCGCUCCCUGCUCCUCGCUUACGAGGCCUCAUCGUGGUGCCUACUCGGGAGCUUGUAAAACAGGCCAGAGAGGCUUGUGAGCUCUGUGCCGCUGGGUCUGGCCUCCGUGUUGCAUCCGCAGUGGGCAACGUGGCGGUCAAAGACGAGCAACGUUCACUGAUGCGGGUUGAUGAGGUUUACGACCCGCCGACGUUCCCGCUCCCUCAGAUGACGGGGGAUGAUUGGACAAACUUCAAUCUGCAGGACUACGUCUCCGAGGCCGGUGAUCUAAGCGAGACUUUACCAGGCUAUGUUCACCGGCCGGAGCCUAAUGUUGACAUUCUCAUCUGUACGCCCGGUCGUUUGGUCGACCAUCUUCGCUACACCAAGGGAUUCACGCUGAAGAAUCUCGAAUGGCUUGUCAUUGAUGAGGCGGAUCGACUGCUGAACGAGAGUUUCCAGGAAUGGGUCGACGUCGUGAUGGGCUCUUUGGACGCCCGAAAGUCUCGCGAGACCUUUGGCUUUACCGGAAAAUUUCUGUCCCAGCUCGGCCUCACAGUCCAGAGCAAAGAGCCGAGGAAAGUGAUUCUAAGUGCCACCAUGACCAGAGAUGUGACGAAGCUGAAUACCCUGCAUCUCGCCAACCCCAAGCUGGUCGUUAUUGGAUCGGACGCUGCUGCAACGGAUGAGGACGAGAGCGGUGUGCUUGCGCCUUCGGACGAACAGUUCACCCUGCCACCUACCUUGAAGGAGCACAUCCUAACGGUGGGAGACGAGUCGAAGAAGCCACUGUAUCUUCUGCGCCUCCUGCUGUCACACAUUAAGGUUGAGACCAAGAGCGUCAAGGCCUCUGCAUCUGAUGAUUCAGAUUCAGACUCCAGCUCCGAGUCAGAUUCCGAUGACACUUCGGACGAGUCAAGCUCUGAGGAUUCGGACUCGGAUUCGGACUCAGAUUCGGGCUCAGAUACCAGUUCUGGCUCCUCGGACUCCGAGGAUACCUCCGACGAUGAGUCCAGCGACGAGGAUGAAUCUAGCGACGAAUCGGAAUCGUCGGACAGCGACUCGGAGCCGGAAGACAAGAAAACGCAUCAACAAGGACCCACACAGACAACAGUCCUGGUCUUUACUAAAUCGUCCGAAUCUGCCUCACGACUGGCUCGCCUGCUGGCGCUGGUGGAACCUUCUCUGGCGGACCGCAUAGGCACGAUCAUCAAGUCUAACAAGUCAUCUGCCUCGCGCAAGACACUCACGGCGUACAGUCGGGGCAAGGUCUCCGUUAUCAUUGCGACAGACCGUGCGUCGCGAGGUCUGGACUUGCGGUCCUUGACGCAUGUUGUCAACUAUGAUGUGCCAGCCAGCAUUACCACGUACGUGCACCGGGUUGGUCGCACCGCUCGUGCCGGUCAGGAAGGAUCUGCGUGGACGCUUGUGGCACACCGGGAGGGCAAGUGGUUUGCGAGUCAGAUCGCCAAGGGAGUGGAUGGGAAGAUCACUCGGUCCACCAAGGUAGGAAAGGUGCAAGUCAAAUUGGAUAACAUGAAGGAGGUCAAGGCGCGGUAUGCAUCCGCAUUGGAUGCGCUAGAGAAGGAGGUGAAGACGGGUGGGACUAAGGCCUCCGAGUCCUAGUCCCGAUGACGCUGCAUCAGCCAUUGCUGAUUACGGGUAGGCGCUACUUGUCGGACGAGUGUAUAUAGUUAUCCCGGCAUCAUGCAAAGGUCCAGUUGAUUUUUCUGUGGAGGGAGUGUCCUGGCUGAAGAUACAUGAAGAAAAUCGCGCACCGUACCAACUAUCAACUAUUUCGAACUAUAAGCAUUCUACGCAUCUCGCUGCUUUUGCUGGGG